AUGAAGAUGAAGCUUUUUAUUUCAAUUUUAUUUUUUGGGGUUUUCGCUCUUGUGUUUGGUGAUCCUGAAAGUUCGUUCUGUUGUAAACCAGGACAAGGUGUUUUAUCUGACGAUGGCCGUAAUUGUACAAAUAAUAGUACUAAUACAAUAACUCCAACAAAGCUUUUGUGUGAGAUAGCAGGUGUUGUGCCUAUAUCGCUUGUGGAGUUUAGAGUUAGUGAUGAAGGAAUACUUAUAGUGGAUUUUAAUAACCAGGAAACAUAUACAGACAGCGACAAAUUUUGCGUGGCAAAUGGGACUGUAAACACGACAGAAAGACUUGUUGUAUUGUGUUCAGAAGAAGAAGAAGCUAUUUUAGACGAUCGUGUUCUAGGACAUUGUUUGAUAGUAUCCGUAAUUUUUUUAACUUUAACAGCUCUCGUGUAUAGUGCAUUACCAAAAUUAAGGGAUCUUCAGGGCAAGAGUCUUGUAAGCUUCUGUGCUAGUUUAGCGAUAGGUAUGGCUUUCUUAUCAAUAUUGAAGCUGAUGGAAUACGAGAAUAUGGACCUAUGCGCCGUUAGAGGGUUCCUCGUCUAUUUGUUUCUCAUUGCAAGUUUCUUUUGGACAAAUGCUAUAUCUAUACAAAUACUUCUUAGCAUUAGACGGGCGAGUAUAGCCGACUAUCGAUGGAAACCGUUUCUUUGGUAUGCUCUUUACUCGUGGGGCAUUCCAAUCUUAUUGACUGUCUGCAUGGUCAUCGUCAAUUAUCACCCAGGCCGACACCCAAAGCCCGGUAUAGGACUUAACACGUGUUGGUUUUAUGAUAAACAUCAGCAAUGGUAUUAUAUGUAUAGUGUGAUGACAAUCCUAAUACUUGCAAAUAUUUGUAUAUUCGUCUAUUUAUCGAUAAAUUUAUGUUGUCACACAUUUGCUUCCAGUCACAUAAAGGCACUAAGAUACAAGUUCGUGAUGACAGUUCGAAUGUUCAUAAUAAUGGGAUUGCCGUGGAUAUUUGAAAUGAUUAGUUCGGUGACGAAACCGCAUAUAAUAUGGGUGCUGUUCGACAUAUUCAACACUUUACAAGGACCAUUGAUAUUUUUGCUACUGGUAGUACUGAGAAAACGAGUAAUAAAGGCAAUGUAUGAGAAGGGUUGGUUGGAUUGUAUAUCAGGUUUAGUGGAACGUCAUCUAGCUAUAGGCGACGACGAAGAGGAUGUUGUUGAGCACAUGGACGUCGACCUCGACGAGAGGCCCACUCAGGUGCCAACUAUAAAG